GAACAGCGAUCGGUCUUGCCAUGUGAAAAUCUAUCGCGAAUAGAAGGAGACACGAGUAUUUUAAUUUCGAGUGGAUUUUUUUUGAUUUCUUUUUCGAAAAUGGCUUACCGAAAGUACGCCGUCGUGACGGUGUUUUUGUGCGUUUGUUCGACUGGAUUGGCCGAUGAUAAUGCUGCGGAAAGGAAUAGGGAAAAUACCGCAAAACAACAUCCCGAAUUGUCGAAAUUAGUAAAAAAUUGGGCGACCAAACUAGGAGGAGAACUAUGGCACUUCGGCGAUUUGGUUACGAGACAAAAUAGAGUUAGAGAUAGUUUUAAGGAUACUACUCUAAUUGCCAAAGAUGGCGAGGCGUUGCUGAACAUAAUUCACGACAACAUAUCCCAAAUGAUGAAAGAAAAAGUGGACGCCGUCAGAAGGAUAAUGGAUCAGGCGGAACAAAUCGCUCAAGCCCAAAAAGAAUCCGACAUUGAUUUCAACUUUCCUUUCUACAGCGCCAAAAAUUUGACCAAUUCGCUAGACAAUACCACCGAAGAAUCCACUAGGGAACCAGAAGUGCAGGAAAUCCAAGAUGGCAUGUUUGUAUCCGAUGAGGGAAUUCAGGAGCAGCCCUAUCAGCAAGCUCUAGUCCAACCUGAUGAAUUCAAUGGCUUCCAGAGGGACGAAGAUACUGAAUCAUCCGAUGAAACCUCUUCCAAGGACGAGGAUGUUCUUUACCCGGAAAUGGAGGUUACCGAUGGAACUGAACAGGACCCUCAAGCGAUACUAAAUAAAGCUCCCAUAGACAAGUCCCGAUUGCCUUUGAUUCGUAACAGGAAUUUUUACGAUAUACCUGUUAAUAUGAACGUCAGCGCCGUCCAUGUGCCCAGCAAUGUUUACGAACGAUCCAAAGAAGUUAUAGCCGGAAUCAAAUGGUCUGAGGAAUUGGAUAAAACGUUCCGAUCAAAUUAUGAAAUCGACCCAACGUUGUCCUGGCAAUAUUUCGGAAGCUCGACUGGAUUUAUGAGGCAGUAUCCAGCUAUGAUUUGGUCCCAAGAGCCCAUAGACCUCUUCGAUUGCCGCACCAGGUCAUGGUACAUCGAAGCAGCCUCUUCGCCCAAAGACGUAGUUAUCCUUGUGGAUAGAUCUGGAUCGAUGACCGGCAUGCGAAGAGAGAUUGCAAGGCACGUAGUCCACAACAUUCUGGAUACGUUGGGAAACAACGAUUACGUUAACAUUUACACGUUCAGUAACACCACGGAAUCUUUGGUGGAGUGUUUCGAUGAAAAACUAGUGCAAGCUAAUCUGGCGAACGUGAGAGUCCUGAAAGAGAGCAUGGGCAAUUUCAAAACCGAACAGAUCGCCAAUUUCUCACUAGCGCUCGUGACUGCCUUCGAAUUACUUCAAGACUAUAGAAUCAAUCAAAAAGGGGCCAAAUGCAACCAAGCAAUAAUGCUCAUUACUGACGGUGUUCAAUACAACUAUAAAGAAAUCUUCGAGAAGUACAAUUGGGAGUAUUUGCCGUUCAUGAACGUGCGAGUAUUCACCUAUUUGAUCGGAAGAGAUGCUUCCGACGUUAGAGAAGUGAAGUGGAUGGCUUGUGCAAACCAAGGAUAUUACGUCCAUUUGAGUACCUACGCCGAAGUUCGAGAAGAAGUGUUAAAUUACAUACCGGUAAUGGCGAGACCAAUGGUGUUAAAUCCCAGCCACAAGCCCAAUCCAACGUGGAGUCCCGUCUACGCCGACGUCACCGAUCCGAAAUUAACCAAUUGGUUGUGGGUGAAUCGAGAGAGAAACAGGCAAAGGGAGAGGUUCAUGGGAUACAGAAAACUGAAACAUAUGCUCUCAUCGGAUUAUUUGGAUAAAACCUUCGUGCACCAACAGAAAUUGCAUCAAGAUAAUUACGGUGAUACCCAAGUGUACCAUCUGAUGACAUCUGUAUCGUUGCCGGUCUACGAUAAGAAACCUCGACAGGAAAGAGUAGCUAACCUGUUGGGUGUAGCUGGAACUGAUGUACCAAUAGAGCAUAUUCAAAGGCUUAUGCUUCCCUAUAAGCUUGGGGUGAAUGGUUAUGCUUUUAUUGUAACAAAUAACGGCUACAUUUUAACGCAUCCUGAUCUUAGACCUGUGUACCAAGGAAUCCUGAAACCCGCUUACAACAGAGUCGAUAUGAUCGAGAUCGAAAUUCUCGACGACGAUUCCGAUCCCAGGAAUUUCAGCGACGUUAUCAGGGAUUUCAGGAGACAGGUCGUGAUGCAGAAUAGCGGCAACAUCACUUUGAAAGUCAAAGGCCAUUUAGAUGAUAUGAGACGUAUUACUUUCAAUACAAGACACUAUUACUAUAGAGGUAUAAACGGAACUCCGUUUAGUCUUGUGAUUGCUCUGCCCGAUAAGUACGGGUUUUAUAGCAUAGAGGCGAAAGUCGAGAACGAUCUACGUCGUUUAGCCGUUACAGAGAAAAAGUCUCUAUUGAGGUAUUUUACAGGAAAUUGGACCAUUCACCCCGAUUGGCAUUACUGUAGAUACAGGGAUAACCGAAAACAUUUCGAAAAUCCCGAGGAAGAAUUGCUAUACUUCCUGCAAAUUAUGCAAACAACCUCUUGGAAAUGGGCUAAGGGGCCCAAAUGCGAUAGAAGAUUAAUGGUCCAGUUAGUUUCUGAUGUUAAAUUGACUGAUUGGUUUAAUGAAAAUAUUACCACGACCAGUCGAGAAGAAAACGGGGACAACGGCCACAACGGAUACGAGUUCAAGGAAAUAUUAGAUUUUUUCGAAUUGUGCAAGUGUUGCGAGUGCUCAUGUAACAAUUCUUUUUCAUGCAGAGCGGAAUUAGUGAAGAAAAUAGGAAUCGUCGUCGCUUUCAUGGCGACGCACAGCGGAUUGACCAGGUGGCAGAAUUUCCCGCAAAAUAUCGAAACACCCGAACAUGAACCGAACUUCCAUGUUCUGCAUAAUAAGGCUAUAGAUGAAGUUUGGUACAGAAGAGCCGUAGAUCAUCAUUACGUCGAUCCUGGAGACUUUAUUUACGCAGUUCCACAUUACGUAGGCAACGACAGCCACAGUUUAGUGACAGUCAGCAGAGCAGUGUUUAAAGAGGACGAAAAAACGAAAGAGAAAGCUCCCGUCGCUGUUGUUGGAUACCAAUUUUUCCACGGAGCAUUGCAAAAUUUAUUCACGCAAAUUACAAGUAACUGUGGAAACAUUCCCUGCACGAGAACUUGCGCCUCUCAAGAACUCAACUGUCUAGUACUCGACGAUAACGGUUACGUAAUCGUCAGCGACGAUCCCAGGAAUACGGGAUUCUUUUUCGGUAAAAUCAUGCCCGAAGUGAUGAAUAAAUUAGUGGAAGAGAAAAUUUACAAAGCGACCGUAAUGUACGAUUAUCAAGGUUUGUGCGCCGAAGGCCAGGAAUCGGAAAGUCCUGCUUCCACACUACUAACGCCUUUCGCCCACCUAAAGUCCUUAUUCGGCUGGAUGGCAGGAUACUUAGUGAUGUUGGGUCGCACGGUGUUCGGUGCGCAAUUCGAAUCCUUCCCUGUACUAGAGCACUACGAUCACUUCGAAGUGAUGGACGAGAACGAGUACGCGUCUCACGAUCACGAGCACGAUCACUACGAGGAAUCGGAGAUGCCGCUCAGCGACAAGGAAUUCGUGCAGAAAUUCGCCAUCGAAAAGACCAAACCGGAACCCUGCGACACGCAAAUGGCUCUCUACACGCUCGUCCCUUAUACCGAUAGGGAAAUGAGCAGCAGCGCUUAUAACAAGACGAUGGAAGGGUGCACCAGGCCUUACAUCGUCCAGAAAAUUUCGGGCAGCAAUACAAUUCUCCUAGUAGUAAACAGCGUUUGUAUAAGUGAACCAAUUAGUGAUAUCAUUCAAACGCCUGAUCCUGUAGAAGUGGACUAUAACAUGUCUCUAUCAUGUUAUAGAGCUUUGUUCAAUGACUUUCCGAGACGGCACUACAUGAGUUGCAUAAAUAGAAACGCUAACGAAAGUGAAAUAAAAAUUUGCGGAAAAUGCUCUUAUGUAUCGCCCAUGAAGAACAUCUCGAUCUUAUUAAUCGCAUUUUUAUCUCGAAUUUUGCUAUCGUAAAUUUAUUAGGCUAGUCAAAUUAACCUAACAACUGUGAUACAUUUAAAUUUAAAUAAUUCUUAAAAUUAUCAAUAGUGUACUUUUUCAAAUAAUUGUAUAAGUGGAUA